AUGCAGACGUGGCAAACCAAACAGAUCCGAUUGGUACAGCCUGUCCACCCCGAGGGCUACUUCAACACCAUUCCAGAUGUUACAGCUGUUGCGUGGUAUUGUCUGCUAUAUCAAAAUACCCUGACCAUACAGUACGUACGUACGACCAGAGUAGUUUCGCCAUGGCACUUGGCUGCGGUCUCGACCAUUCAACCUUCACGACCUGACUGCAAUUCUGUUGUGCCGUCAACUCUUCCUCCGAAUCUUCACGUCAAUAUCUUUCAGCGUAGCCUCGCAAUUUCUGAUCUCGAUUUCAAGGACAACCGAUACCCUACUCUCACUUUGGACAAGAGCUUCCAUAAAACCAGUCCCAUGAUCAUUGGGUCCGCAGAUACUCAGGCUUGGGGACCAACCGAACGCCAACAUACUUCGUCUCGCUCAGAAGUAAUGACACAAGAGCCACAGGACAAGGCACAUCCUAAUGCUGUUGACCAACAUGGCCUACAGUCCAAUGGGAUCUCUAGCUCCUUGCCACAAGGAGCCGCCCGUGUCGUCGAGCGUUAUAGUCUUGAUAAUAACGCUCAGGCAUCUGGCAACGGAGCAUUGAUGGAUUCACAUCUGUUCAAUGAUUCAUUCAAGUCCGUUGGGGAGUCCCUUACAAUUUCACCUUCACCACCUCCUCAACCACUUCGCGAGCUUCCCGCUUCCCUCAAGCCUGCCGGCAACCGGCAGCCCUCUUAUCCCUCACUCGAUGCUGCUGGUUCAUCCAGAUUGCCACACGCAAAUGGGUUAUCUACAUCACGACCAUACAGUCCCGCCAUGGGCAUCACGAUUCCCAUUUCUCCCAAUCCACGUGCAUAUGCACAACAUCCCACUUACAUUACCCCUGCUGCUGCCCCAGAUCCGAUCAACCCCAUCCUCUCCCCAAAUCCCCCCGUCCCUCCCGAGGAAAUAUGUGUUGAGUGCGCAAUGCGUGACCAGGACAUGGCAGAUGUCGUCGUAGUUGGUUCUGGAAUCUGGGAUCGUGAAAGUGACGUACUCUAUGAGGAUCUACUUCGUAGAGAACAGGAGGACGAAGCAGCUGGAGUCCUAUCAUCUGAGUGCUCUUCCAAACCUAGAGCACGAGGUGGACGCUUAACUGAACAAAACCUCAAAAUAUGGCAUACGAUGACACCUCGAGAACCGGCUUCCAGACAGCAGACUCUGGAACAGUAUGUGAGGACUCAACGGAGUCUCCUCGAGGCGGAGGCCCUUGCACACGCACGUGCUAUGCAAGAAUCCAUGCAACUGGAGCACAAGAUGCGAGACACGUACUCACAAUUCCGUCGCUCAGCCUACGAUCUAAAUGGUGGCGCAGAUGAUGCUGCCUUCCGUCUCAAACCACCUCAUUCAUCCUAUUGUCCUUCACGUGACAUCACAGUUCUGGAGAAUGGUCUCAUUGUCGAGCACGUCGACAUUCGUAAAGAAGAAAAAGAAGAAGAGCGCCGCCGUAGGAAUGAGAGGCAGGGUCUGCAGUGGACGUUCAUGUCCAUUUAUUCCGUCCACAGUCUGGCUCCGCAUACCGACAGUGGUCUUGGACCAAUGCAAAGCUCGCGGUACUCUGCUAUCAGUUCCAUUAGGCCGAUUAGUUCUCUGACCGCACCAACCGACAGGCAGCCGAGUUUGGGUCAGGAUCCUGCUUCUCCACGGCGUUCGCGUUUCUUCGGCUUCAAGAAUUUGAUCUCGCCUGCCUCGGGGAUGUCGGGCAGUAUGAUUGACAUGCACGUGGCUCUGCACCAUGAAGGCAAUGGACUUCGCGUACGAUCGCCUGUUGGCGAUCGCAGUAUGCUAUCAACUCCGCGGCAUAGUCAACUUUGGCCACCAAUUGACCCCCAGGAACCCCCUGCUAUUACGAUAUGGAAGCUCGUCAGGGGGUCCACCGACAAAGACGAUCCGCAGAACCACGCGAGCAGUCGCGACUCGGCCCGGUCUCAAGAUACAGAGCGGAAUGAGGAUGAUUUACCUCUUGCUCCUCCUCCCCCCUUGUCAUAUCUGGUCGAUAGGGGACAAGGAGAGCACUCUACUCCAUCGCUUCCUUCAACAUCCUCUCCGCGCAACCAAUUUUCUUCUUCAGGCAUGUCCCCUUCGACAGCGCCGUCUAGUCUCCUUCCCUCACCUACUUCUUCACGUCCAUCAGGCAUGGAUCGCGAUCCUGAACGCAAAAGCAGCGCGCAAAUCGACGAGAAGGAGUGCUAUGUCAUGGUUGCUGACGAGAGCGGCAGACCAAAGCUGCUUCAUCCUGUCAUCUCCGAGCCUGACAUCCGCCUGAAGCUCCAGCAGACCACUUUCGCUUCAACCAAUGGCAUGACACUUCCCAGAUCGGCUAAGUCACAAGUCCUGCUCUCUCGGGAGAAGUCUUUGCCGCCCCUUCCCGGUGAGGUUAAGCUUCGACCAAACAAUCCCGCUGCGGAAUCACGACCGCAGACACUAUACACCUAUGAUCCUCGUCAGGUCGGCCAGGAAUCCAACGACAGUCAGUUCAGCGGUUCCACCUCACGCCCACACUUAGGUAUUCAGACGAUGCCCUAUGAUCAUUCAAAAGGUCCUGGCGGUAUGUACAAUGAGUUUGGCAUCUCUAGACGCUCUCUCGGCCGCUUGGAGCAUAUCGAUGAGAAUCCUCAGCCAUCCACGCCCAGUAAGCGGAGGAGCAAGUUCGGAUUUGCGUCCUUGCUGGGCAGGAAAUCUACACAGCCAGAGCCCGCCAAUGGCAGCAAUUCGCAUGAAUUCCCGCGAUUGACGACGUCACUCUUCGAGGGUGAAGAUAGCCUCGCGACAUCAUAUACUUCCACAUCUCGCCAGAGUGCUGGUCCGCGUAUGUCUGUCACCUCCCGCAAGGCGCUGGAGGAGCGGGUUGAUCAAGACCGCGAAUUCAUUGCAUAUCGCUACCCCUCCAAUGACCAACGUCUUGAUAUCCUGCGGUAA